GUCAGCAAUACACAUGAUGUCGAGACUCAAGGUACUGCUGGUAGUCGCUUCCUUUGCGGCGCUAGCCUUUGGGGAAUCCGAAAAAACCUUCCGAGGAGAUAAAGUCAUUCGGGUCAUUCCAAAAACUGACGACGAAGUCCGGAUAUUGGCAGAUCUAGAGCAUGAUCCUACAGUUGAGGUGAGUUUCUGGAAGGAGGCGCAUGCGCCUGGCAUGGCGGCAGACAUCCACGUUCCCGCCCGUUACUAUGGAGACGUCGCGCGUCACUUGGACAAAAACGGUCUGAAAUUCGCCAUCCAGAUCAUCGACCUGCAGAGUGAAGUAGAUAACGAGAAGUUGACCUUGGGCAGAUCCGAAGGGUUCUUUUCCGGCUAUAAGCCCCUUGAUAAGAUCGAGGAUGAGAUGCGUCGCUUGGCUGGCGUACAAACUUUAGCGCAAGUAACGAUGAACACUGUAGGAUCAACUUACGAGGGACGUCAACAAUAUUACAUGGAGAUAAAAGGCAGGAGCCUCCCAGAAAAACCUGUGUUCUUCAUGAACUGCGGGAUCCAUGCACGGGAAUGGAUUACCCCAGCAACUUGUAUGUACAUCAUUACACAGUUCAUCACCAAGUAUCGUAGUGAUAAGAGCGUGACAGAAGUUUUGGACAAGAUGGACUUUAUCAUCAUGCCAGUUCUUAAUGCAGACGGUUAUGUAUAUACAUGGACAGGGAACCGCAUGUGGAGGAAGACAAGGAAGCCAAACAUCCAGAGCUGGUGGGGCCAAAAAACAUGCUAUGGGACAGAUCCCAACCGCAACUGGGGCUACAAGUGGGGAUUACCUGGUGCAAGCUCUAACCCAUGCAGUGACACGUUCCGUGGAAAAACAGCUCAAUCAGAGGUGGAGGUAGAUAACGUGGCAAAAUUCUUGAAAGGGCUUGGCCCCCGUGUCAAGGGGUACAUGGACAUCCACGCCUACAGUCAGUUCUGGAUGAUCCCUUGGGGUUACACCACAGCAAAUGCCAAGGACCACAAGGAACUGAUGAGGGUGUCGAAAAUUGGUGUAGAUGCGAUCCGCCAGACGUAUGGCACAGCAUACCGAUAUGGCUCAUCAUCUAACAUUAUCUAUAAGAAUUCUGGAAGUAGCAAAGACUACACAUAUGGGCACCUGAAUAUCAAAUACUCAUUUGCUCUGGAACUAAGAGACACAGGACGUUAUGGCUUCCUGCUACCUCCCGGACAGAUCCUACCGACUGCACUCGAGACAUUCAAUGGAAUCAUAGCCAUGGCAAAAGCUAUGGAGAUAUAGUCAUGAUGUAAUACAUAGAAGAAGGUCUCAAAUUAGAUGACAAUACAGUA